AUGCCAACAUAUCUGAUCCAUGGUUUUCGGUGGCCGCGACCACUGAUUCGCAUCCAUAUCAUUCUUCAGAACCUCGACGAUGCAGCUGCGGAAUGGCUUAUCGCGCCUGCGACGACCGAGACGAUGCUCGAGAACUUUACCGAGCUGUGGCCGCAGACCAUGGCAAAUCUGCCCAACCUCCGCUUCGUAGAGCAAUUCGAUCCUACCGAUGAGUCCCCAGCUGCCUGUUCGCAGCCGUACGCCUAUAUUGCUGAUAUCUGCGAGCAAGUCAAAUUGGGCAUUGAAGUAGACGAAGUCAGGGGAAAGGGGCUCGGUGAUGAGCAAUGGAACGCAAUCAUGGAACUGAGGGAUAAGCUUGCGCCGGACGAGAAGGUUGGCUGGUUUGUUGUCGUCUGUGGAGAUGAGGAUCGCACCGACGUGGGUCCUGAGGAAGAGGAGGAGGAAGAA